GCUCGAGCCCAAAUCACCCCCUUCUGUGUGUACAAGUGCACUACAUAGGGCAUGAAAAAGCCAGCUGUUACGUACUACGUAGUGCACUAUUCUGUCGAACGGCCAGCCAUUUUGGAUUCAUUUUGUGGCUUCACAGAAACGCCGCCGUUUCCACCGAGAGAUCCUUCCGUUCAACGCAACUGACUGUAACUUGGAAUCGCUCUGUUUGGCGCGAUGCCUAAAUCAAAGGAAGUGCUGUCUUCUACAUCCAGCAGUGACUCAGACAGUGAAGCUGAUACAAAGGCUAAACGGAAGAAGCAGAUGACAGAGAAGCCUGCGAAGAAACAGAAGAGUGGAGAGUCAUCGAAGCCAUCCGGUGCAUCCAAAAGUGGCGGAGGCAGCAGCAAUAAAAAAGAUAACAUGUUCCAGAUAGGGAAGAUGAGGUAUGUGAGUGUGCGGGAGUUCAAAGGGAAAGUCCUCAUCGAUAUCCGCGAGUACUGGGUGGACCAGGAAGGAGAAAUGAAACCGGGAAAGAAAGGAAUUUCUCUGAACCCGGAGCAGUGGAACCAGCUGAAAGAGCAGAUCGACGAUAUCGACGACGCCGUGAGGAGAAUAUAAAAAGCAGCUCACGAGGCGUCCAUCAACCCGUCUGCUUCUUUCCUCCGUCUGGAUUUCACUUAGGUUUUAUAAGUCAGAUCAACAGUCCCUCAGUGUGGAAUUUCCGAUUAGAUUUAGUGUAACGAUUGUUGUAUUUUUCUAUUUCUUUGUGUUUUUAUUCUACUGACCAAGCAACUGAGAUGGUACACGUUGUCCAGGGUGGGUAUGGGUUUAACUUGUGCUCCUUUUUUUUUCUACAAUAAAGAUGAUGGGGAAAACCAAA